AUGGGGAAAGUGAUGAGUAAUAACGGCCGGAAGCAGAGACAUGAUCCUCUCUUGAAGGAUCUUGACUCUCAACACGGGAACUUGAAGAAACAAGGCAAGAAGAAGGUCGAGAACAAAUCUCAGGAUGAUAACACUAAGGAUGAGGAAUUUGUUGAUGCUCAACAAUCUAGAAAGAUCUUGCAGUUGGCUAAGGAACAACAAGAAGAAAUUGAACAAGAAGAUGAACAAGCUUUGAAGACGUCCCAACAAGUUUUGAACAGAUUCCGUGUUUCUCAUUACGAUGAAGAUGAUGAGGAAGAUGAGGCUCAAGACGGCAAUAUUUCUGAUUUUGAUCCAGAGGAUGGCGAUGAAGCUUACGAAGGUUUCGAGGAAGAAGAGGUUGUCGAAAUCGACGAAGAAGACGCAGAAAUGUUCGAUCAAUACUUCAAGACUUCCGCUGAUUUCAAUUCCAGCAAUGGUUCUUACAACCUAGCUGAUAAGAUCAUGGCUUCUAUCAGAGAAAAAGAGAUGGAACUAGAGGCGAAUGGAGAAGAGGUCGUCUCAAAUGAACCAGCUGCUCCUGCGGACCGUUCCGAGGGUGUUGCAUUACCACCAAAAGUUAUCAAGGCUUACUUAGCCGUCGGACAAAUCAUGAAAACAUGGAGGCACGGUAAGCUACCCAAGCUUUUCAAAGUUCUUCCAUCUUUGAAUAACUGGCAAGACGUCCUUUACGUCACAAACCCAGAAGAAUGGUCUCCAAAUGCCGUUUACGAAGGUACCAAGCUUUUCGUUUCGAACUUAUCAGCCAAGGAAGCUCAAAAGUUUGUCAUUUCUGUGUUAUUGACAAGAUUCCGUGAAGAAAUAGAAUUCAACGAAGACCAUAACCUAAACUACCACGUAUACCGUGCUUUGAAAAAGUCUCUAUAUAAACCUGCUGCAUUCUUCAAGGGUUUCCUAUUUCCGUUGGUAGAAUCUGGGUGUAACGUUAGAGAAGCAACCAUUGCUGCAAGUGUGUUGUCUAAAGUAUCAGUACCUGCUCUUCAUUCAGCAGCUGCCCUAUCAUACCUUCUUAGAUUGCCUUUCUCUCCUGCUACUACAGUGUUUAUCAAGAUUCUUUUAGAGAAGAAGUAUGCUUUGCCUUACCAAACUGUCGAUGAGUGUGUCUUCUAUUUCAUGAGAUUCAGAGAAGUUAGUGAUGGUAGUAAUGGUCAAGAUGCUGUCAGAGUUUUACCUGUAGUAUGGCACAAGGCUUUCCUUGCUUUUGCUCAAAGAUAUAAGAAUGAUAUCACUCAAGAUCAAAGAGAUUUCUUACUUGAAACUGUACGUCAAAGAGGACACAAGGACAUUGGACCAGAAAUUAGAAGAGAACUAUUAGCUGGUGAGAGUAGAGAAUUUGUUAGCGAUGUCGGUAACAAAGCUGAUCUAAUGCUUGAUAUCCUGUAG